AUGUUGAACACUGCCAAUACCCUCGUUGCCUACGACGGCCGCGAGGCCUGCGCCUCUCUCCCCCCUGGUCGCGACUACGGCAAGUUCAGGGAGAUGUACAACGGCCGGAUCAUCUGUAUUCAGCACGGCUUCAGUACGUGCGAUGAAUGUGAUGUGGACUAUGGCUGGCUAGAUGACGACCUCCCUGCCGACGAUGGUGAAGAGAACGAACACUUUGUAAGCCGCGCCGGAGUUUCGCUCGUUGAUGAAUUUCCGAGCUUCGAUGGGAACGAGGACGCCGUAUCCGACCUGAUUGAGGAUCUUGAUCUCCAUGACGAUCCUUUCACAGAAUCCGAGUUUGAUUGGAUGUCCGAAGCCGGCCGUGAUUCUCCCCAAGAUGACCCUUUCACUGAAUCCGGGGUUGAUCGGACAUCUGAAGCCGGCCGGAUGAGCCUUGAGCUGACCGGGCUUCAUUUCAGUUACAUCCACCGUGACAACGCCUCAACGGCCUUUGUCAUAGUUAGUGGCUCGUGUCUAAACAACGGCACACCUGAUGCCAGGGGAGGUUGGGCCAUUGCCUUUGGCCCUGGGAACAACACGGCCGGCGGCGCCGUGGAGGCAUGUAACCCCUUCACCGGCGGGUUCAUCAAGCCAACCAGCAACCGGGUCAAGCUACGCGCCUUCAUCGCGGGAAUUCGCGCGUGUAGUUGGGCCGACGAGGGUUUCAACCAUGUAAUCAUCGUCACGGACUCGAAAUACCUCUUGGACGUGGGAACAGUUCGUGCCAGGACCUGGGGACCAGAAACUGGAUUUACGCCCAACCAGGACCUGUGGCGAUUGCUGCUGGGCGAGGUGGAGCGUCAGGAUGACCUGGGAGUGUCUAUCCAUCUGUGGCAGUGCAGCGGUAGCGACGUAUAUGGGCUUGUAAACACGAUUGCCGGCGAGGCCAGCCAGAGUAGCACGAAUCCGACCCAAUGGGCGGCCGGGCAAGGCAUGUGA